GCACUGGACCCGACUCGGUUUUCAGUGGUGUACUACUAAACAAACGGCACGACGGAUGUAAUCGUAGUAGGCGAUGGAUGGCAUUUUCGCCUGUGUUUGUAUGAGUGCCAAACUCGGAACCAUGAUGGCGGAAGUCAUUGUGUAAUUUUUAGUUCGGAUAAUGUUUUUACUCGAAGCGGGCCUCAAAAAGUGUCAUCCACUAACGAAACCGGUCUAAAUCGGCAGCCCAAGUGCCAAUCAAAUCGAAAGUGAUAAAUUUGUUCCCCGCCAGGUUGAAAUCAGUGAGGAAAAAGAUUUUUUUUUACUAGCGUCCGGCCAAGAAAAACAGCUCUCAAGUGAAACGGAAUCCUGUUGCUGAGGUGGCAUUCUUGAUACCCGACUGUAUACAUAUCAGCGGAUAGUGGCCAGGAAGAAUAAUUAAGCUAAUCGACGAUAGCAUAUGUUUUUGUUAUGUUCCCCGUUGCAAGUGCAAAGGAAGAAAAUUUGAAGUUUUGAACAACAAGCGAAAAAUUCAAAAUACCCAGCUGCCAACGAACGGCGAAAAUCAUAGGAAGUGGCUUUGCAUCGAAAAGGAAAACUGUGUGAAUGUAUUCGGUCAGCUGGUAUGUGUGGCGCUUACGAUAAUAUAUUUACAUACAGUCUAAUUGAAACACAAUUGUCGAAAUGCGACUUCAAUGAGGAUUGUGAUAACCGCGCAUGAGUUCAACAAGUUUCCUCUCGUGCAGUUUGACGCAAAUAAUGGUUAAUGAAGAAAAAUUGUGGAUUACAUUUCGUGGAGUCGUUGGUUAUUGCAGUUUGUAGUGAAUUGCAGGUGCAACGUUGUGAAGGCGUACAAUCGAUUGAUACAGUGGGAUGAAUUGCAAGAACCUUAAACAAGCAUGUUUAACCAUGUGAUUAUACGAUGCUGCGAUCCAAUUUGUGCUUGCAACAUAACCUAAAACAUUUUGUGAAUUGCUUUUAAAUACAAAAGGGUCUUUGUUAGUGCUUUUUGGCGUACGAUACCAACCGAAGGAAGGAAUUCUAUGUGAUAUUAAUUAAGGAAUAUUUAAAUAAAAUUAGUGAUUGGGUAACAAAGAGCUUUGAAAGAAAAACAACUAAAACGUGAGCCAUGAUGGAAGAUGAUCCAGAUGAUAAGGAUGAUACCAAGAGAAAAUCACGCAAUCUCAGCGAGAAGAAACGGCGCGAUCAGUUUAAUCUGCUGGUGAACGAACUCAACUCGAUGGUUUCGUCCAACACGCGAAAGAUGGACAAAAGUACCGUACUCAAGUCUACGAUAGCAUUUUUGAAAAGUCACAACGAAAUUGCCGUCCGGUCACGGGUGCACGAGAUUCAAACCGAUUGGAAACCAUCGUUUCUAUCAAAUGAAGAGUUUACCCAUUUGAUUCUGGAAGCACUGGAUGGAUUUAUCUUCGUGUUCUCCUCAACGGGAAGGGUGUUCUAUGCUUCCGAAUCUAUUACUUCGUUGCUGGGUCAUUUGCCGAGUGAUCUGCUCAAUAUGACCGUCUACGAUAUGGUGUACGAGGACGAUCAAAAUGAUCUGUACAAUAUUCUGCUCAAUCCGACAGCAGUCGUGGAUCCAUUGCAAGCAGGGAUAUCUCGCGAGAAUCAGGUCACCUUCUCAUGUUACAUCAAACGCGGUACAACCGACUAUCGACUCGAGGUAUCCUACGAGUUAGUUCAAUUUACUGGAUAUUUCAGUGAGUAUACCCGCUCAAUCAUCAGUAAUAUUAAUACAAGAAUUAAUAAUAUUUCAGGAAGCGACGUUGAUGCUGAUUCUUUAAUGACGGCAUCCAGAUUUAGUAGCUAUAUGACCGAUGCAGAUACGAGGUUAAUCUUCGUUGGAACCGGGCGGCUGCAGACACCACAGUUAAUUCGGGAGAUGUCUGUUGUGGAUAGUUCGAAAAGCGAAUUCACCUCUAGGCAUAGUAUGGAGUGGAAGUUUCUGUUUCUAGAUCACCGAGCUCCUCCCAUUAUCGGUUAUCUGCCGUUUGAAGUACUGGGCACCUCCGGAUAUGACUAUUAUCAUUUUGAUGAUUUGGAGAAAGUGGUCGCAUCUCAUGAGGGUCUAAUGCAAAACGGUGAAGGUACCUCCUGCUAUUAUCGCUUUCUGACAAAGGGACAGCAAUGGAUUUGGUUACAGACCCGGUUUUACAUCACGUACCACCAGUGGAACUCCAAACCGGAGUUCGUAGUCUGUACCCAUCGAGUCGUAAGUUAUACAGAUGUAAUGAAACAGUUGAGAAACCAAGCCGGAGGGGAGAACAAAUUUUCCGACGACGCUGAUAGUGUGGAAAGAAAAUUCCAGAUUAACUCAACGCAAGGCCGAAUGGCAACAUCUCCGUGGAGUACUAAGAGCUCUAAGUCAACGCGAGUGGUAGGUACACCAGGAGGGUCGCCAACAGAUUUGUCCUCUCGGGGUAGGCACCGGUAUAACACUUAUCACGGACCGGGACCGGAUUCGGAACACUCCGCCUCCGUUGGAUCUCAUGCCAGUCGUCAGUCGAUGCAGACUCAACCUAGCACGAGAUCACGAAUGCGAUCCAAUACCUAUAGUUCAAAGACAACUAGUACUACUACUCAGCACGAGGUGCCACAUCCGACCCCUCAAUUGUUACUCCACCAACAUUCCUUGCUCAAUCCUCAGUCGGCGGUAGAUUCUUUUCAGCAGUUGCGUACACCGCCAACGGCGACAGCAAUCAAACUACCGACCCCAUUUAUCGAACAUCAGCAGUAUUUGGCAGCGGUUCCUAUUCAACCAGAUACAGGUUUCCCGCCGGAGGCUAAUGCCGGAAUUCUGUCACCAAUUCCGUCGACAGUAUCGUCAGAAGCUGGUGGUGUCGUGUUAACUCCUGCACAGAAUCAAGUUCAGGGACAUCUGCAGCGAAAGCACGAGGAAUUACAGCAUUUGAUAAUACAACAGCAGGAGGAACUGCGAAGGGUACAGGAGCAAUUGUUAAUGGCUCGGUACGGGUUGCUUCCUUCGAUUGUAACGCUUCCUUUUACGGCCGACGCCAGCAGUAACGACGACAGCCAUAGUAGGUGCAGUAACAGUGCUUCCUACCUCCAGCAUCAUCAACCUCCCCAUAGUAGUCAGCAGUACCAAACUCAUCCUAGUCUAACAAAUCAACCGCCAAAUCCGCAUUCACAUCAACAUCAUCAACAACAACACCACCACCACCAUCACCAUCAACAGCAGCAGCAGCAACAACAAAUGAAUAUACCGCCGGAUCAAAAACCAUUAUUCCAUCCCAAUCAGCAACAUGGUUUCAUUGACACCGGACAGCCGAAACUGAUUGUGGAACCUGAUACUGACAUGAUUUCCUAUAUGCCGUUGACGACCGUUCCAAUCAAUCAACUGCAACAACAACCACAAUCCUCGCAACAAUCGCAGCACUCGCACCAGUUACAGAUGCCGCUGUCUUCCAGCGUAGUUGGCACAACGGAGGUAAACUCCAGAGCACCAGGCGGCAGCAACAGUAUGGAUCUGCUCCAGUAUCAGAUGGGUCAGGAUCAAGUGCAAAUUUUGUUUACCUCUGGUAUGGAACAGCAGCAGCAGCAACAACAACUACAGUACCAGCAUAAACCUCAACAUCCGCUACCACUACAACAACAGCAACAACAACACAAUCCUCAUCAGCAGCAUCUACUUUCCCAUCACCAUCAACAUACGCAGCAACAGCAGCAACAACAACAACCCCAUCAUCAAUCUCAUCUCAAUCUACAACAUAGUCAGCCUCGAGCUAGUGACAGUUCGGAUAAGAGAGCUGCUUAAACGUCAGCUUUGAUCGUAGUGAAAAGUACGGUGUACUAGAGAUCGGUUAAACAGUCUAUUUCGACGAACUGUUCUCAAUUGAAUAUUCGUUAGUAAUCACUUCUCAAAAUGAGUGAACACUCAUUACACAAUAAAAAAAACCAAUGAUGCUUUAUUCGGUAAAUGAACAGUUAAAGAUGGAUAAAAGCCAACAUAUGGUAGAUAUGAAAAAAAUGUGCCAAAACCACGACGACAACAACAGUAAGAACUUUGCAACUCCCAUAUGUAGUCAUAAAAAUAUGUAUGUAUAUAUUGCAUGGAUAGUUUCUCCAGUUUCAUACAGCUUAGCAUCGUGUCCGGUUGCCAGAUUUCAUCAGUUCUUUCCCCCAACUGUUGUUGUCGUGUAUGUUAUACAAUAUAUUUAGUGUUAAACAAAGUAACAAUAAACACAGAAAAAACUCAUCGACCAAACUCUACAGGGAUUUUUGUACAUACAUACCGUUAGUACAGCAAGGGUAAGACAGAGAUAGAGUAAAUAAAAAUUUUAAACUAAAUAGUAAAAUGUGUGAUACUGAGGUCAUUCCAUGUACCCGAGUAAACCAGAUCAGCUUUGAUAUAGGGCCAUAACAUAGUGUAUGAAAACAGAAAAUUGUGCCAAAUCGGCGAGAAGAUGAUAAGUGUAGUGUAUUUAUUCUAAUCGAUAAUUGUGAAAAAAGCACCAGACAAUUUUUGGAUAAAAAGAUGUAUUUAUGUGUGAGACAAAUAAUAGACAGUAACAAUAAACGAAUGUUGAAAUAGA